AUUUAAUACGAUGAAAAAAAGCAAUGGCAUAAAUAAUUUAAUGACAGUAAAAUGUCAUAAACUGUCAGAAAUGCACUAAAAUAUUUGUAAGCACGAAGAAUACACGGCAGUGGUUACACAUCCGACAUCAACUGGCCGUAAAAUGGAACAAGAUGAAAAACAGGUGAACGCUGAAGAACUACAGAGUACUGAAUCAAAAAGUGUAACCACUUCCAAUGUGUAUUCAACGGAUUUCACGGAUAACAGUUCGGAUAAAAACAAUUCAUCUGGCAAAGAGACUUACGUCAUAGACUGGGAUGAUAGUGAAGACAGUGAAGCAUCAUGUCGACUGCAUUCAGAACAGAGCAAACACAAUCUGUCCGUAGAAAAUAGUAUAGACGAUCAAAAUGAAGUAAUAAAAAUAAUAGACAAUGAAAUAAUCGAAUCACAUCAAAAGUUCAGUAACAAAGUGUCUAUGACUUCUCAAAUAUGUACAAUCGUGGGGCAAGAAACGUUCACACAGACCAGCAAAACUAUUAUUGAGCUUGCUGAGUCUGAAGGUCUCGUUGUAAAGUCUCAAGAUCUCAACACGCUCCAGACUCAAACGUCCUACAUUUCAGUUACUGAAAGUAAGAGAAUCGAAUACAAGAUACAUAACUCCAAUAUGAUUGAGUAUAAAGACGUUCAGUGCGACAUGAAUAACAGCGAUGACAUUUGGCCCCUUUUAAGCAAUAGUUUUGAAGAUAAUUCAUCUAAAUGUCUCAAACCAGAAUGUAGUAUAGAAAAAGUUGAAUGUGACAUUGAAAUGGAAGAUACAGAAAAUAAAACAGAUAUAAACGAAGAGUUAGACAAUUCUUAUAAAUGCAAUGAAGAUGUCAACAAAUCGAUAUCCACUAGUUCUGAUAUUGAUGACGAUUCACUAAUGGAGUAUGACAGCAACAGAGUAACAGAAAACAGUGUCAUUAGUAAGGACAACGAUGAAUGUAUUUCACCGAAAUCAAUUAGUAAAGAAAUAGAAGAUUUAUACAUCAACGUAUCUAAGCGUUUUGAUGUAUUUUCUGAUAAACAUAAUGUCGAAACACAAUCUAAAGGACCGUGGGCUAGAGUACUCACACCUCUGACGGAAGAAUCCACAGCGAAUAAGGAAAGCAUUAUAGAUAUGACUCCUUGCUUGGAUGUUGUACCUGAAAAUAGGAAAAAACACACUAACGUCGAAUUUAACGCGCAAAGUACGGAUCUCGAUUUAUCAUCGGAAGCGGAUGCAGUUUUGGACACAAAUGAACCCUUUAAAUUACCUCCCAUUGAAAACAAUAAAGCAACUAAUUUAUGCUUCUUGCUAUCAGCUCACCAUGGCAGGAAGAAAAACAUUAAACCUGAUUAUAGUACUAUAAAGUCAGAAUGUAAGUCCAAUAAUUUGGCAGCCGGAGAAAGUUCUCUAGCAAAUGAAAUUAAACGUCUUCCUAACCAAGCGAUACAAUUGCCGCCAAUAAAUUCGGAACCCGGUAUCUAUAGUAUUUAUUACAACAAUGGCUCCUACUCCUCAUGUUCUUUGAGGAUAAACGCGUCCAAACCAGAAACUACGUGUGAUUCCAUCAGUAUCCAGGAUAAGAUAGGAGAACUUAAGAUGAUUGACAGGAAAAUGAGAAUCAGUGGUAGCAUAUCCCCUUUGUCAACGUCUGUACCAGAAUGCGCAAAGUCGAAUGACACGUCUUAUAAAGGCUGCGAGCUCUUGUGUUCUGAACUGAUGCGGAAGUUAAAGUCAUCUUCAUGGUGUGAAGUUGUCGAGACUUUGGAAGAAAUACCCAAAUCGAUGGAGAAAUUCUGGAAUGUUAUUACUGAAUUUCGGAUAGCUGAUUUUAUAAGACAGGUGACGGUACACGUGGACUCACCGCGGUCGCAGGUAGCACGCACCGCCUGCCUUACGCUAGCCUGCAUUCUCAAGAACACAAACUAUACGAGAAAACCGGACUUCUACGAAGCAGUGACGGCGCUACUGGUGAAGACAGGCUGCUUCAGCCGUCCAGUGCGCCGCGCGGCCAACGUUGCACUAGAUGAGAUAGUGUGCGCGGUCGACUUUACGCAGACCGUUACUGCACUAUGUGUUCACGGUGUUGGACACAAGAGUCCUCUGGUGCGUUGCGCGGCGGCGCGGCUGCUGGUAGUGUGUUGCGCUGUGUCUGGUGGCGGGCGAGGUUUGCUGCGAGGCCGGCCCGCAUCCGCUGCAGCAGCUCGCCGCUCUGCCCUCCGAGCACUCGCUGAACUCCUACAGGAUAAAGCUACUGAUGCUAGAAAAUACGCGGAACGUCUUUACUCAAUGCUGCGACCUUUAUCCAACUUUGAGGCGUACUUCCUGACUGAUGUGGACGUGGAGCUGGCUUCUAGACAGAUGAAGAAAUACGACAGGUUACUAACGACUGGCAGCCAAGAUAGAUGAUCAUUCGUUGCUUGUGAAGAGGUUUUAUUCAGUUGUUUAUUUUAAUUGACCUAAUCGUGAAUUUGAUGUAUACACUGUUGCCAUCUUUGUCUCUUUUUGCGACAGUAAAAGGGAUGGCAAUAUUGUCGUACAUGUUCACGAGGUUAUUGAAUACAAGGACCAUGGUGAAGAAAGCAUCCUUUUUGUGCUUUGAGUAGUGCAAUUAUGACAUAUAAUUAGUAGAGUUGUAAAAGCAAAAUUGUAUUUUUAUAUUUCUAAUUUUGAUGCUUAUGUUCUAGCAUUAUGAAUGAUGGUUACAUUUGUUUUAGUGUUUCUGGUCGUUUUGAUUAUACGAUAAAUAUAGACUAUAUAUGACUACAAUAAAAAUUAUAACCCAUUGA